UUUAUAGUAUGUAUAAAAGUACUUUACAAUAUAUAAAAAUACUUUUUUAUCAAGAUUUAUGAGUAAAUAAUAAUAAAAGAGAUAAGAUGUUCAAAUUUGGAUUCUCUGAGACAAAUGAUGCUGAAGAAAACAGUAGUAAUAAAGAAAAAUCCGUUCUUAAUUGGAUAAAUGCGUCUAGAAUAGAAGUAACACCGUCUGAUUACGAUCGAAAUUAUGAAUCCGAUGAAUAUUUAGAAACUAAAAUAUUCGAUGAAAUUAAAUUCAAGUUAAUUCGUUCUGACAAAGUACUAUGCAACUUAAUAGGAAAUAAUUCUGUAAAUAUAAUCGAAGCAGAAUCACAACAUUCCGAUCUUAUACCUGCAAAAUAUGAAGGUGGCUUGAAGAUAUGGGAAUGUACUUACGAUUUACUUGAAUAUAUAAUUCAAGAGAAUAUAAAACUUGAAACUAAGCUGGUGCUAGAUUUAGGCUGUGGUGUUGGAAUUAUUGGGUUAAUAGCACUUCUAAAAGGUUCCUUUGUUCAUUUUCAGGAUUAUAAUGCAGAAGUAAUUUCAUCCGUCACUAUACCAAAUGUUUUUUUAAAUUUUAAAGACAAGCAAAAAACAUUGGAAAAGUGUGAAUUUUAUUGUGGAGAUUGGGCAUCAUUUACGAUGCUUUUUGAAAAAAAUAUUAAAAAUGGGGAUCAUAAAAAAUAUGACUUCAUUUUUACCAGUGAAACUAUUUAUAAUAGUGAAAAUCAUAAAAAAUUAUAUGAAGUAUUUAAGAAGAAAUUGAAACCACAUGGCAUUGGACUCAUAGCUGCAAAGACCUAUUACUUUGGUGUAGGAGGAGGAAUGCGCCAAUUUGAAGCUAUUGUAAAGGAAGAUAAAAUGUUUGAUGCUGAAGUGGUCUGGAGAAAUUCAAAAGGUCUACAAAGGGAGAUAUUAAAGCUGUCUUGGAAAUAAAAGAAAUGUAAAUUCAAUCUAAUAAAAUUGAAAGCAUUGGAAGAAAAAUUGAGACAAGCUGCAA